ACUGCACCCCCCGACCCCCCGGUGCCAUCCUCGCCGCCAGCCGCCGUGCAGAGCCGGCCGCCGGGCCCGCCCCUCGGCGCCUCCCGGAGCCAGGCCGAGAGAGGCGGCCGCCCCGCAGCACCCCGGAAUGCAAUUCACCGGGGCGGGGGAGGCGGCGGCGGCGGCGCUGCCCCAACCUAGAGACGUCUAGAAAGACGAGGAAAAUGGCUCCGAGCAGGGACCGCCUGCUGCACUUUGGGUUCAAGGCGACAAUGUUCUCAAACAGUGAUGAAGCUGUAAUCAAUAAAAAACUUCCCAAAGAACUUCUGCUAAGGAUAUUUUCCUUCCUGGACGUUGUCACCCUGUGUCGCUGUGCUCAAGUCUCCAGGGCCUGGAAUGUCCUAGCUCUGGAUGGCAGUAACUGGCAACGAAUUGACCUGUUUGAUUUCCAGAGGGAUAUUGAGGGCCGGGUAGUGGAAAAUAUUUCAAAACGAUGUGGAGGCUUUUUACGGAAGUUAAGUCUUCGUGGGUGUCUCGGAGUAGGAGACAAUGCAUUAAGGACGUUUGCACAAAACUGUAGGAAUAUUGAAGUACUGAGUCUCAAUGGAUGUACAAAGACAACAGAUGCUACCUGUACUAGCCUUAGCAAGUUCUGCUCCAAACUCAGGCACCUUGACUUGGCUUCCUGUACAUCAAUAACAAACAUGUCUCUCAAAGCACUGAGUGAGGGGUGUCCACUGUUGGAGCAGUUGAACAUUUCCUGGUGUGACCAAGUGACCAAGGAUGGCAUUCAAGCACUAGUGAGAGGCUGUGGGGGUCUCAAGGCCUUGUUCUUAAAAGGCUGCACUCAGCUAGAAGAUGAAGCUCUCAAGUACAUAGGUGCACACUGUCCUGAGCUGGUGACUUUGAACUUGCAAACUUGCCUACAAAUCACAGAUGAAGGUCUCAUCACCAUAUGCAGAGGGUGUCAUAAGUUGCAGUCCCUCUGUGCCUCUGGGUGCUCCAAUAUCACAGAUGCCAUCCUGAACGCUCUAGGUCAGAACUGCCCUCGGCUUAGAAUAUUAGAAGUGGCCAGAUGUUCCCAGUUAACAGAUGUGGGCUUCACUACCCUGGCCAGGAAUUGCCAUGAGCUUGAGAAGAUGGACCUGGAGGAGUGUGUUCAGAUCACAGAUAGCACAUUAAUCCAGCUUUCUAUACACUGUCCUCGACUUCAAGUAUUGAGUCUUUCUCACUGUGAGCUCAUCACAGAUGAUGGGAUUCGUCACCUAGGGAACGGGGCCUGCGCCCAUGACCAGCUGGAGGUGAUUGAGCUGGACAACUGCCCCCUAAUCACCGAUGCGUCCCUGGAGCACUUGAAGAGCUGUCACAGCCUGGAGCGGAUAGAACUCUAUGACUGCCAGCAGAUCACGCGGGCUGGGAUCAAGAGGCUCAGGACCCAUUUGCCCAAUAUUAAAGUCCACGCCUACUUCGCACCUGUCACUCCACCCCCGUCAGUAGGGGGCAGCAGACAGCGCUUCUGCAGAUGCUGCAUCAUCCUAUGACAGUGGAGGUGGCCGCCGGUGAACUGAGUAUUUAAUGACACUUCUAGACUUGCCGUGGAGUCUCUCCAGUGGAAGCGACCCCAGCAUUCUGGGCAGUGGUUACAAAGCGAGGGCAGCGCCCAGAUCCCCAGAGCCACACAUACACAGGCACACACACGCCCUCACCCCCAUUCGCUGUAGAUCUGUGACCGUGGCACUGAAGUUCAUAUCAGCUGUAACAAGUGGAUUGGUAAAACUUAACCAUUCCUGUUGGACAUGCCCAGAAGAAAUCAUACGCCAUGGUUGAGGGAAGGGACAUUCCAGCAAAACCCAGUGUUUCUGCUACUGUGGUUUCCUUACUUAUUAAGCGGUUUUUGUGGGGAUUUGAGACAGUAACUGCAGUCCUCCGGGGUGAAUGGUAGCAUGGAAAAACAAUGUAUGAUGUAUCCAGGGACCAGAAAGAAAAUUUCUUCGCAUCCUAGAAAUGGUAGCCAUCCAUUGGGAGAUGCCUACACAAUUUCUGUGCUUCCUUGUUUCCAUGCCAACAGCCUGAGCAUGCUCACAGAGAACGUUUGUCCAUUCAUCUGGUGUUUUAGUAUUUGGCCCAGGGGUUUUCUUAGCGGCUGCAUUGAAAUCACUGGGGUCCGAAUACGAUGGUUCUUACUUGUCUGCUCAGCUUGUCACUGUGUGUCACUGUGCACUGUCUUCCAUUCUCUUGCUCACUACUGCACUCUCGUUGAGUCUGUCCCUGGUCGUCGUCUGCUGCUCACGCUCAGUUGUUACUCCUCUGCUGUUGUGUUUACAGUUUGAAUUUUGGAUGAUUAGUUGGGGUUACCAAACAUUUUUAAAAGAAGCAUCAAUAAAUAUUUUUUUAAUCUAAAUUUUACCAUUAGGGGACCCUGCCUGAAUCUUUGCCAGUCUGGAAGGAAAUGUUAACAAAAGCAGGGAAGUUAUGAUAAGAUAGUUGAACUCUUUGGAUGAAAAACGAAAACAAAAAACCUUGGCCUUUUGGUUUCUGUCGUGUCUUAUGCCCGUUUGCACGGCGUGCACAGUGCGCCCUGCACAGCCCUUUUUUCCAGUUCCCUGAGCUUUACUAAGAGGAGAAGUGGGUACACCAUUAGUGUGUAGUGGGUGACGAAUCCCCACUGAGCCGGGAUGUCGUCCCCACCCAAGCUCGAGCACGGCUGUGUUCUCUGCCCGUGUCUGAAGUUGCUUGACCUACUUGCUCUGCGGCAGUUAGUGUCUCCAGCCCCUCCCACAUUCAGGCCCAUCGGGGACAGAGAGGAGCUUGCGGUGGCUGACUGCCUGCGUGUUGACAGGGUUAUAGUGUUGGCGCUUCACAAGACCUGAGCACGUCAGCCGUCUCUCUGCAGACUUCCUCUGAAUGGGAUAUGAAGGCAGCCAGGUAGGGGCGUUGGGGCAGCCAGAGAGCCCGGGGAGGGAGCAGCGGCUCAGCAUCUAUACCAAGCCUGCACACCUGACACAGCUGAGGGAACGGGUGCAGUACUGUGGCUUAGUCAAGAAAAGGCCUCUUCAGAGAAACUCACAGAAAAUGAGAGAAAUUAAAUGAGUUUCUAACGCAUAUUCCUAAACCCCAAUGGUAGAAGCCUUGUGUAAUAUUUAUUAGGGUUGUGGGGUGAAGGAGCUUUUAGAACGUGGAUGUGCAAGCCUAUGAUCCCAGGUUGUUAAAAGGGCUGUUUUAAUGCUAUAGGUACAGGUUCUGCCAGAAUAUGUAAGAAUAUAGUCUGAUUUAUUUCUCCAUUAAUGUAGAAAACAAUCAGAUGAAAAGGUCCUAGAAUUCUAUAUUACCAGAUUUAUUUAUCGUAUUAAACUUAUUUAAAAUCUUAUUUUAUUAUGCUCUUUUGAAAGCUAAAUUACUUGUAUUUUUUAUUCAUUCUCCCCUUUAUGUUCACAUUUCCUUGCAAGAAAUUCCUUUUCCUCUGAGACUGUGUUGUUAUGUUGCUCAGCUGACUCUCUCCGGCACCUGGCCCCCAGUUACCCUCCCCCUCAGCCAGCAUCCUGAGUGAAGGGGACUGCGGUGGCUAAUGCUGCUUUACAUGGCAGAAUGUGUGCGGUCACGCACCCCAAACAGAGGCUUGCUCUGUAGCCCUGGCUGGCCUGGGACUUGGCGUUGUCUUUCUGCCUCACCCUUCCAAGCAAUGAGCCACCCUACCAAACAAGUUAGACUUAAUGAACACACACACAUAUCCACACUUCUAAGUGUAUUUAGACUUAGAUCCCUGGGUCUUUCAGACAAAACCAAGAGAAAACUAGGGUCUGUCAGCUCCAAACGAUGCUGUUUGAUUUUCUCCCCCAAGUGCCUAACAAGCUGACAGUAAAACCUGAAUACUAAUUAGUGAACAUAGAUUUGAAUUGCCCUAGUCCUGAGUCAUUCAAGUACUUCUGUUUUCCAAGAAAGUUUGAAUGAAUCUCUUACUCACCAGUAUGUCAGUCGUCUUAAAAACGCCACUGUCUUCUUCCUCAGAGUGUAUUGCCACAGGCACAAUCAUUGGAUUUAUCUUGGUGACCCCUGCUGGUCAGGCAAAUUCUGACCUUUCUGGGCCAAGAUCACAAGUCAGAAGGAGGCCUGCGUAGUGUUCAACCCUACAGUCAGGCAUGAGAUAGCUUUUCUCAAGUAAACUAAGGCCACCAUGCUUGGGAGGAAAACAGGUGAUUUUUCUCAUGUUGAGGAACAUUUCUAAGGAUUCAGAAAGGUCUUGGUUUGGUUGGUUGGGUUUGUUUUUAGGGCUGUGGAUGGAACCUGGGGUCUUUGGAUGCAUUAAGCAAGUGCUCUACCACCAACCUGUGUCUCCAGCCCUCAUAAAGCUUAGCAUGAAAACUUCCCCUUUGAAAAAGCCUAUUGAGAGCUGCCAAGAUUACUCUGAAGGUAAAAGCACAUGCCAUGUAAUCCUAGUAGAGUCUGACCUCCAGAACCCACCUAAAAGAUCUCCUGAUGGGAGGGGAAACAUUAGAAUAGACCAGAAUCUUGCGGGCAGCCAUCCCGGAGCACAUAGCACUGGCCUUACCAAGGUUGGAAGGACAGAAUGACUCCAGAAAGUUGUCCUCUGACCUCCAUACAAGGUGCGGCAUAUGUGUAAUUAGGAAGAAAAUUAAAACACUGGGAGCCAGGUAUAGUGUUUUGUGCCUGUAAUCUCAACACAGAAGAUGUAGAGGCAGGAAGAUUGCUGCAAGUAUGAGGUUAGGAUACACAGCAGGGGACUGUCGUAGGGGGAGCCUGUUGGUCUGCUUGUCUAAUUUUACACCCACUCCAAAUACACCUUUCUACAGCAGGGGGAGAAAGUGUACCACAAUAUAGAUCUAGAGCGAGACAGAGCCAGUUGAGAUGGUCCCUACAGUCUCAGGUCUGAGAUGAAGAGGCUCUUGAGUUUGAAGUCAGCCUCAUGACUAUACAGCCAGCCAAGUAAGAAGAGUACGUCACCCUCAAGGAUCUUGUCCCAAGCCUCCGGGUGGCCAGGAGAGGUUCCUGGAAUAUGUCUGGGGACAGUGCUUGAGCAUACAGGUAAUCUCAUUUGUAGGCAGCCCUCCCCUGUCUGUCACCCACCGCCGUUAGCUGCGGCAUCGUUAUUACCCCUCCAGGGGUGGUUACCGACAGCCCCUGUUCUCCUGGCGUACACCCUGUAUUUAUAGCGCUAUCUCGUCGUUGGGCAUGUACAGUCCAGCGGCUUUGGACUCCUUUCCCUGGUCCCAGCAAGCUGUUCAGUGUGCAGCAAUUGGAAGUGGCUCUGGUCACUUGUUAGUUGAUGGUCCUUGAAGUUUGGGGGUUGGCUUUGGCUUUGAGUUGAAUUAGAAGCCGAGUUGAUGGCUGUAAGGAGUGAGGGGACCUAACUUCCAUCUUCCCUCCGGUAUUUGGGAUAUGAAGGCUGCUUAGCGGUUUGCUUCCUUUUGGUAAACGUAUUUUACUGCUCCUACUCUCACCUCUACAGCUUUUCUGGAUACAAAAGUAUCCCUCAAAUCAUUCUGUAAAUUUCUGGUCCGAUUUCUGUGUCUGCUGGAUUGACUUAGCAGACCCGUAAGUCAGAAACGGAGUUUUAAGCAGUUUCCAAGGAAAGUUGGUGAGGAGCUUACCAUGCUAUGUUUGGCGUAUUCUGUGCUAUUGGGGAUGUUUGUGGUAGCUGUGAGCCACUAAAGCCCAUUUGAUUUUUUUUUUUUUUUUUUUUUCAGUUGUCUGUAAAAUGUGUUUGGAGCAUGUCUUGACCUGACAGUUAGGAAGUGUGACUUGUCACUGGAAAGGCGAGAGUGACUUCCUGCCUGACCGUGGGCAGCCUCUUAGGUGACAGUGUUGAGACUUGAAGUCCUCAGAUCAUGACUGAUCUUGGCUGUUGAGGUGGCUCAGCCCAUAAGGCUAUUGGCCGGACAAGUCCAACAACCUGAGUUGUGACGGUGAAAGGCCAGAACUGACUGCCAGAAGUAGUUCUCUGGCUUCCUGUGCACGCCGCACAUGCAGGCACACGUGCGCACGCGGACACACUACGGUAAUAAAAGAUUAUUAAAAGUAAGGUUUGUUGCUUUUAAGAUCAGGCAGCUCACCUCGUCAUCAGUGAGUGGGUGGGCAUGGAAAGAGCCUGUUGGACCUUUUCCAUGUCAUACAGGUGGGUUUCUGUUCUGUGGUUCCUGCUGACAGACCAGGGGAUAAGUCCAGCCUUGAGAAGAGCUUGGAGGUCUUGAAGCAGAAACCCUUAUAUGACCUGGGGACAAAAAAUUCUAAUCCUAAGGAUGAGUGGGUGUGGGUUUCUCAGACUUGCUCACCUUUAUUUUCAUCUUAGAUCUGCAUCGGAAGAUGCAGAAAGUGUAUCGAUAGGAUGUGAUUAGCCCUGCUGAUUUGAGAAUAAAAUUUGGCUGUAAAUGCUAUAUCCAAAUGUCCUGGCUUCACACCUUCAUUCUCCAGCAAAGAAUAUAAGCUAUUUAAGCACCGGCUGCUGUGAUCCUGCCUUCUUUCUUUUACCUACCAGAAACUGCCCUAGGAGGCGGGCAGGUUUUUUUAUGCGAAGGGCUUCUGCAGCUUCCCAUUAGAGCCAGAUCUACCCACCUUGUCCACUGUGAUUUCUCAGCACAUCAUUUCUGCAUCUCUGGAGGCUUUGAUCCCUAGGCUUUUAGUCAUAAGCCUCUUUGGAGUCUGAAUGAAUCUUGUGGGUUCAAGAAAGUAUAAUAUCCAAGAGCAAAAAAGCUUUCGUUAUGCAAAUCUGACAUGGAAUGUUGGAGAAAAAUACACCUGCAAUUCUUAGAUCUCUGCCAUAUGGGUGUUUGGUCUAAGGUUUUGUGGCGUUGAGUUUACAAAAGCAUGUUGGAGCUUCUCAGCCAGGGUGGCUUGUAGAACAAGACCCACGAGCAAGCAGAAACACAGUGACCCCUUCUCCUGUGUUCUCCCAAGAGUUGGCGUGGAGGAAGGAUAGGCCAGGCCAGAACCGGGAUGCUUUGCCUCAGGAAGAGCAUCUGUCCCGAGCUCAGGACUGUCACUUCCCAGAUGACACGUUUACUGUUCAUCUCAUCCACAUCACACCCCAUUCUCGGCAAGAAUGGCUUCCUUGCUGCUUCUGGGCACAGCAUUAGUACCAGGACAGGAGUGUGAGACAGGGGACAAGUCUCUCCCCUAGGAAAAGGUAAUGGGAGACAGGUGUCUUCUGUCAGAUCCCGAGAACCAUGAGAUCCGAGAUCUUUGAAGUUAACAUCCUUUUUGCUCCACUUACUGUUAAGUGGGAUCUGACCCCACAUUGCUGCUCACACGUGUUUCUUGAACUUGGCUCCUGAAAACAUUGAUCCACUCAGUUUCCAUGGCGCUGGAGAAUGGGGACCUCUAGAGUCUUAGGAAAUCAACUUGAAGUCAACUGUGAGUGCUAUGGCUCAUUAGUUAGCUCACAACAACCCCACUCCCACCCCCCAUGCUGCAGCAGGGCUUCUGUAUGUGGAACCUUGCUGCUUUCAGGGUUUGCAUAGGAAGGUUUGCCCCUUGUCAGGAUCGUCUCUUCCACACUGCUGACGACUGUUAAUUUCUAACAAGUACAUGAAUUGGUGAGUCUGGUUUCUCCCUUACCACGCUCACACAUGGCAUACCAACUCCUAGAUCCUAUUGUCACGUGUCCCCGAAUCUUUAAGCCAGCUCUUUCUCCCUGUGAUCUGACCCCAAGAGUCAGUGAUCACCCACCCAAAAGGUAUCUGGAAGAGGCUCCAGCUUACGUUCUGCGUCCCUGUUUUAUCCACUCUGGCUGCCUCCUUUCCUCCCAGGAAUCGUUUCCAGUUACUAUUUCCUGGUGGCUCUUGUUUACCGCCGCCCACCUUCCAGCGACCCUGAGAGCACAGACCUGGGUGAUGUGGCCUGUGCAGCGCUCAGAGCACCGUGGGGACCCCUUCCUGUCAGGCUGCUCUGCAGGGACAGAGAUGGAUUGGUACCUGGUGCUGUCUGCAGAACUCUCUUCCUCGCCCCUGCACCCCCACAACUGCCGACUCGGGCGGGUGUGAGCCCUGUGCCCUGGCUGCUAGGGCUGACCCGGACUGUGUGGCAUGGGGGCCGCUGCUUGCUUGUUUCUCACCAGGCCUGCGCCAACACCUCCCCAGGCCUCUCACUGUUCCCCAGUGGGGACGUAACACCACGUUCCAUUAGCUGAGUGACUGUAUGCGCACCUCGUACUCCCAGCAUCCAAGGGUGUGGGGGUGAGGAGAGUUGUUUUAAAUAAAUAAAAUUCAAGGAGGCAGUAGACGAUUCUUUUUGCUUUAAAAUCUUUGGACUAAAGAUAUGUUUUUAUAUAUAUAAAUAUAUAAAGUAAAUUGUUAUGUAACUAUUAUUGUUUCCUGUAUGUUCUAAUUUUGUUUUAUGAUGUAAUUAAAGAAAAUAAGCUGUGAA